GACCUCGGGCUCAUGAUGGUCACAGGGUUCUUCCCUCAGCGAAGGGCGGGGACACGGCCCUAUAAAUCCGCGCCAAAUCCGCCUUUUCCCCUCAAUGAACGGCUCAGGGAGGCAAAGCCGAGUCAGAGCAAAGAGGGAACAGGGGCAGCCGUAGUUUUUCCUUCCUCUGAAAGUUGUUUCAGCCUUUCUAAAUCGUUUUUUCUUUCGUUUUUCCGUCGCCACAUCCCGGCAAAGGAGGCGACUCGGCAAAAUGAAAUACAUCGUAGGCAUCGGAGGUGUCACCAAUGGUGGCAAAACCACCCUGACCAACAGGCUCGUCAAGGCUCUCCCCAACUGCUGCGUGGUCCACCAGGACGAUUUCUUCAAGUGUUGGAUUCCCUGGAUAUGGAGGCAAUGGUGAGCACGGUGCGGGCCUGGAUUGAGAACCCAGUGAAGUUUGCCCGUUCCCACGGGGUGAAUGUCACACCUGGCUCUAAAGAGCCAACUUCCCAAGAUAUCCAUAUAUUGGUCAUUGAAGGCUUCCUGCUUUAUAAUUACAAACCACUGAUAGACCUGUUUGACAUCCGUUACUACCUGGCGGUGCCGUACGACGAGUGCAAGAGGAGGAGAAGCACACGGAAUUACACCGUUCCCGACCCCCCCGGCCUCUUCGACGGACACGUCUGGCCCAUGUACUUAAAGCACAGGAAGGAGAUGGAGGACUGUGGUGUGGAUGUUGUUUAUUUAGAUGGCCUGAAGUCGAGGGAAGAACUGUACAACCAAGUCUUUGAAGAUAUUCACAACAAGCUUUUAAAUUGCUCAUAGGGUCUGGGAAGACCUGGAAGACCCAUGUACAGCCUGAUGUAAAUAAUAUUUGGAAGUGGGAAGGAGGGUUUAUUUGUGGAAACUCUUCUCCCGCUGCCCUUUGGCAAGUCCCUUCUGUAUAUAAUUGAAAACUGAGGAUAACUUAUUCCCAACCCCAUGGACAGGAUGGCCUUGGUGGGUUUUUUUGGGUUUGUUUUGUUGUUGUUGUUUUUUUUUUUAAUUAUUUUAUAUUCCAAAGAGAAGUUGGAAAAGCAUUUUUAUAGCAGACCAAGUAGAGCUGCGCUGGGAAAACAACAAAUCUCCUGCUCCUGCUGACAAAAAGGCUUCAGGCAACGGCUUGUUUGUAAUAUCAUCUCUCAAAUCCAGUAAAAAUCCACUUAAAUCUC